GGAGCCGACCGAUUCAGUUCGCUUGUCUUAAAGACAUUUUCUCUGAUUCCUUUUCCAAGAAAGAUGAAAGCUAUAUAACAAUGCCGCACAGAAACGCCAACUAACCGACCAUCUUUCAUUUCGUUUGGGCCAACAAACGCCACAUUUUGGUCUGCUUAAUGUUUCUGCUCUCCAUAGAGAUGACGAUAUGGGCCUUGGACAGAGUGGACGCGCAGGAAAUAGUGAACUGGCUAAUGGCCUCCACCGGGCAGGAAACAUCUGCUGGACCUCUGAAGCACACUCCCGAUGGUCUUCGCCGUCAUCAUCAGCCACUCGAUGUACUGAAAAGCAGAAACAAGAAAGUACAUCGCGUGGCUGCAGAUGACGGGCAUCAAGAUCCAGACCUAGGAGGAGGAUCAUCAUUUCUCGCCAUGAUAAUCAAAGCUAGUGAGAUGGAGAAUAGCAGUAGUGUGCUCCAGUGAUCCCAAGAUAUGUUUCCUCCCACUGAAGCGAUGGCAAGUUCGAUCGCCUCCGCGACCACACUGCCCAAGUCCCAUGUCGCCAUCCCUAUCGAAAGCAAAAACAUUGUCAAGCUAACUAAAAUUUGGAGAUUGUUUGCCCAUAUGAAGCGAAUGAUGUCCGGUUGUGUGGUGUUCCUGGGCGGCAUGGGGAUUCCCCCGGAAUUGCCCGUCUGUAACCCAGCACAUACAACAACAUAUUGGCCAUGAUUGGAUUGGUUUUCAACCGGGAGCAGUACACAGGAUCCUUGGACUUCUUCAAGGAUGUCCUCAUGGGGCAACCUCUACGACCAGCUGGCUUUCACGUUAAGAUAUCCCACUUUUUUUGGAGGAUGGAUUAUCUACCUUUGAGAAGGCAUAGCCGCUGUCAGAAUUCCUACUUAGAAUGGCCAUCCUGAAGCUGAGCCAACGAGACCCACAUCCUUACAAUUGCUCUACAGAACGCUAAAAAUCUUACCCAUUUUAAAUAUACAAAUUAAACAACUAAAGAAUGUUUAUUUGUUAUUAUACUAAGACCAUUUAGUCACUU